AUGGAGCCCGAGGACGCGGCUGUGAGCCCGGCGGGGACGGCGCACGAAGAGGCAGCCCCGGCAGCGACAGAGCCCGAGGACGGCGCCGCGGCCCCGGCAGGGACGGAGCCCGAGGGGGCAGGGGCUGCUCCGACGGGGACGGAGCCCGAGAAAGCAGCACCGGCGGGGACGGAGCCUGCGGGAGAGGCGGUGGCACCGGAGGGGACGGAGCCCCAGGUGAGAGAGGCGGUGAGGGAGCAAGGCCCAGCGGAGAGAGAGCCCCGGGAGGCGGCCACGACUGUCCCGGCAGAACCAGAGCCUGAGGAGGCUGCGGCGACAGCCCCGGCGGGGACAGAGCCCGGGGAAACACAGGCGACAGCCCCGGCGGGGACAGAGCCCGGGGAAACACAGGCGACAGCCCCGGCGGGGACAGAGCCCGGGGAAACACAGGCGACAACCCCGGCGGGGACAGAGCCCGGGGAAACACAGGCGACAACCUCGGCGGGGACAGAGCCCGGGGACGCUCAAGGACAGGCGGGCCCAGAGGUCACAGAUCCCGAGGAGGCUGUCGCGGCAGCCCCGUCCGGGACAGAUCCCGAGGGAGCUCCGAGGGAGGAAGCCUCGCCCGGGACAGUCCCUAUAGGUGCGGUGCAAGAGGCAGCCCCGACGGGGACAGAGCCCGAGGAGGCCGCAGUGACAGCUCCAGCAGGGACAGUCCCCGAGAAUGCGGUGCAGGGGGAAGCCCCAGAGGGGACAGUCCCCGAGGAUGAGGGGCAGGAGGCAGCCCCGGCUGGGACAGUCCCUGAGGAGGGGGCAGCCCCGGUGGGGACAGACCCCGAGGAUGCUGUGCAAGAGCCAGCCCCGUCGGGGACAGUCACCGAGGAGGCGCUGGGGACAGACCCCGAGCAUGCGGUGCAGGAGGCAGCCCCGGCUGCUGUGACAGUCCCUGAAGAGGCGUUGGGGACAGUCCCUAAGGAUGAGCUUCAGGAAGCUGGAACAGUUCCCGAGGAGGGGGCGGCCCCGCUGGGGACAGUCCCUAAGGGUGAGGUGCAGGAGGCAGCUCAGGCAGGGACAAUCUCUGAGGAGGUGCUGGGGACAGUCCCCGACGUUGCGGUGCAGGAGAGAGCUCCGGCAGGGACAGUCCCUAGGGAUGAGGUGCAGGAGGAAGCCCCGGCGGGGACAGUCACCGAGGAGGCCUUGGGGACAAUUCCCAAGGAUGCGGUGCAGGAGCCAGCCCCGGGUGAUGUGACAGUCCCUGAGAAUGCGAUCCCGGCAGGGACAGUCCCUGAGGAUGCGGUGCAGGAAGGGACAGUCCCCAAGGAUGAAGUGCAGGAGCAAGCCCCGGAUGAUGCGACAGUCCCCAAAGAUGAAGUGCGGGAGGCAGCCCCGGAUGAUGUGACAGUCCCCGAGGACGCGGUGCAGGAGCCAGCCCCGGGUGAUGUGACAGUCCCCAAAGAUGCAGUGCAGGAGCCAGCCCCGGGUGAUGUGACAGUCCCCGAGGACGUGGUGCAGGAGCCAGCUCCGGAUGAUGUGACAGUCCCCAAGGCUGAAGUGCAGGAGCCAGCCCCGGGUGAUGUGACAGUCCCCAAGGAUGAAGUGCAGGAGCCAGCCCCGGGCAGCGCGGAGCCUCCCGAGAGCCGCGGGGCAGCGCAGGUGGCCUCGCCCGCCCAAGGGCCCCCGGCCGGCGGUCCCCGGUCCCCGGGCGGCCCCGGUGGCGAGGCGGAGGCGGAGCGGGGACCGCCAGCCCCGGCGGGGACAGGAGCCCCGGGGCCCGGGAGCGGCUGGGAUCGGAGCCUGAACGGGGAGCGGGAGCAGCUCCGGGAGGACGGGACGGGCUCGCCGGGCGGCCCGGAGGAGGAGGAGGAGGAGGAGGAUGAGAAGCAGGACCACGACAUCUCCCUCUUCGUCAAGGCUGGCAGCGAUGGGGAAAGUAUUGGGAACUGCCCGUUCUCUCAGCGCCUCUUCAUGAUCCUGUGGCUCAAAGGUGUCAUAUUUAAUGUCACCACCGUGGAUCUGAAAAGAAAGCCUGCAGACCUGCAGAACCUGGCCCCGGGCACCAACCCCCCGUUCAUGACCUUUGAUGGGGAGGUGAAGACCGAUGUCAACAAGAUUGAGGAGUUCUUGGAGGAGAAGCUGGCGCCGCCCCGGUAUCCCAAACUUGCACCGAAGCACCCUGAGUCGAACUCUGCAGGAAAUGAUGUCUUUGCAAAAUUCUCUGCAUUUAUAAAGAACCCGAGAAAAGAUGCAAAUGAAAAUUUGGAAAAAUCUUUGCUUAAAGCCCUGAAGAAGCUGGACAACUAUUUAAAUAGCCCCCUGCCUGAUGAAAUCGAUGCUUACAGCACGGAGGAGAUCACUGCUUCCAGCCGGAAAUUCCUGGAUGGAGAUGAGCUCACUUUAGCAGAUUGCAACCUCCUACCAAAGCUCCACAUAAUCAAGGUCGUUGCAAAAAAAUACCGAAAUUUUCACUUCCCACCUGAAAUGACAGGGAUUUCCAGAUACUUGAAAAAUGCAUAUGCAAGAGAUGAAUUCACAAACACGUGCCCUGCUGACCAGGAGAUUGAAUAUGCUUAUUUGGAUGUGGCAAAGAGAAUGAAGUAACCUGAAGGUGCCUCUGUUUAUUGCUUCUGUGGUGGACAACAGCCAAGCUGGAAGAGCAAAAACCAGCAGAGAUUCUGCAGUGUGAUUUUAAGUUCUGCUAUUGGCCAAUCCUUUUAUAAUGAUUGUAUUGCAUUAUUUACUCCUUCUUAAAACAA